GUCUUUCACUGUCGUUAAAUCACUCCGACCUCGUCUUUUUUGUAUCUCGGUCUUUCUGUCUUCUCUCUCCCCAUCCCUCUCUCCCUGUCCUUCUCUCCCCUUCUUUCCAUCUCUCUCUCUCGUCCCGUCACCGGACAAGGUAUUCCGGGCGGCAAUUGAGUUAUACGUCACCAAGCCCUUCCCACUAUCUACCAAUCGGUGUAUAUUACCUUCCAUUCCCCCUUUUUUUACUUUCUAACUCCUUCCUUCCCGCUUUCGGAAUGCUGGAUGUCGGUGUCAUCCGUCCGUUAAUAAAAUCCACUGUUCCCAUCCGUACUGGUCGCAUUUCAAUUCAUGCUUUCAAUCGCAUCACUUCACCCGCAAAACUGCUCUCCCUCUCGAUCACCAAUGUGCUUUUCUUCACUGACACUGCGGCUUUAAUCAACUCUUCUCUUGCAAAGUUGAUUUUAAUUUUCUUUUUGCUUUUCCUCCGAGCCCCUUCGAUCGCAAAGUUGCAUCGAGGUGUCGUCAUCGUAGACAUCAGAUUCAUUCAUAAAAAGGCCGAUUUGGGACAAAAUGCUGGACGGCAUCUGUGUGAUUUCUUCCCUGUGGAUAGGUACUAUCAUCUAGUCUUCAGGCCCUGAAUUUUGUUACCAGAAAUUGACUUUGAAAGAAAAGGUAAAGCGAAGCCAACCUUCCAACAUCUCUUCACGAGGAUUCGACAGGAGGAAAAUCAUCUCAUGGAAUAGUAUUUUGGAAACAUUAGAUUGCAUGCCAUCGCUGAAUAAAGACGAGUCUUUAUUGAUAUAAUUUUUUCAUUUGGAUAUCUACACACGAGAGCCUGAUCUGUGGCGAAAGAAAGACCAGUGGUAUUUACCGGGAAACGGUCAUCCUUUCUUCCAGAACCACUGUAUUUUAUAAAUAUAUAACCUAUUUUCGUACACCCCACUGUACACCACCAAUCCACAAAUCAUGUCAUCAUCUACGCUAUCAUCGCAGACGUCAUCGACGUCGUCGUCAUCGAGACCGCGGUCAUCAUGGCUCCAGGUCAUAUGCUUGACGGUCAUCGUGUACAUUUUUAUUUUCUCUACUGCAUGCUGCCAAGCCGUGCCCAUCUGGAAGUCCACCUCACCUCACCAGCUGAGAUCAAUGAGUGCUAACAAGAUCGACGACGAUAUCGCGACGGCCGCCGGCGGCGGAAUCCCGAGUUUGCCGGCUGGUGACGGCGAGUUCGACAGCCCCGAGUCGAUACUGGAGAGAUGCAUACAGGCUUCAGCGGAUGGGGAUAUUGAGGAGAAUGUUUUUGUAAAAACUCUGUGUACGCUGGCACUAAUUCAUACCCGACAUACUAAUGACCAAACAAAUCAUCAAGGAUAUGUUAAAAGAGGUGCCUCAUCGGAUAGAUCUGCCUUUGGCGCGUUUGGUCGGUUUGUGACCCGGUUACGGUUACAUGCCGACGAGGUAGCCGACUACCAAGAAAAACUGAACCGACUACAAGCACUGGGCAUACUCGAUCCGGAUUACAACCUCAUAUCCGUGCCAUCCGAAACAGCGAGUCUGAUGAAACAACAGGGAUAAAUUAUCACCUAUUGACUAAUUGUCCAAAAUUUUCUUGUCCCAGUCGUUUUCCAGAGAGAACGCUUUAGCCAGUUUUUCGGUUUGAAUUAAGCUCGACUCACGUUUAAACCGGCCAACUGGAGAACCGCAAAUUCGAAUGAAUUCAACGUAAAAUAAAGACUCAUCUCCUUGAAUUUCAAAGCCAGUUUCUUUCUUUGAUUUGAACAAAGAAAAUGCUGUUGCUCAGUUUUUUUUUCCGAUGUCAGCCUGUUGAUGCAUUUUCAAGUCGGACUGAUGACAGAGAAAAGACACCAUAUCUCAGACUUAGGCAACAUUGCUCAUAAUUUGGGAGAAUUAAUAACGAAAUCGUCAAUUAUUCAAUCGCUUGAUCAACUACUUUAUUUUACGAGUAUCUCUUCGUAUUCAAUAUGGUGAAUGAGUAAACCGAUGGGUCUUAUGAGAGAGAAGCCUGAACUUUCCCUAGAACUAUUGGAUUUUAUCAUGUUUCAUUGUGUAGGCCUAAAUAUUAUGAUUCGAAGGACUUCGCUUUUUUUCUUAGCUGGUAAAUUAAUGUACCCUAAAUGGACACAUUCCCAAUCGCUUGAGGGUUUUUUUUUGCCAAGAGAUCGACUGUCCAUUAAACUAUUCCAAAAAUAUUAGGCACUAAUCUGCACACCAGAUGGCGCUCUUACUAAUAAUUCAAUUUGACGAUAAAUUAUUGUCAACGGUCGGAGCGCUUGAAUGGACUCUGUGUUCAUCAAAACCAUUUUCAUGAACUGGCUAUUUAUAGCUCUGGAUUGCUUCUAUUUAUUUUAUGAUGUCCAAUAGAUAAUCUCAAUUUGCUUUAUACUAUCAUAUUUUCUCUUUUCUUAUAGAUAUUUCUUUGUUUUGGCGAUAGUGCAAUAUUACGUAUUUAUGAAGGUUUUGUAUAGUAAAAGUAUUCUUUGCGUCUGAAAAUAUAUUUUUUUUGUUAAAGCUAUGCGAAUACUUGAAUUAUUUGGUUGAAAAUGUCCGGGUCUAAUUGAUUUUGAUAUUAAAAAUGACUAGUCUUAACGACCAUGAGUAAACCAUUCCAAGCUAAUAUGAGUGGUUGAUCAUUGUAAUAAUUUUCAGUUACAUUACUAAUCAUGUUCCUGUAUCACAGUAAUCUAUUGAAUAAAAAUAAACGGUUAAGAUUUACCCAUAUGCUUAAGUUGGAUGUCUUGUAUCAAGCAAGCAAAUCAAAAUGGUCACGGACAUUACUAUGUACUACUCAAUGGCCCCUCCUUGUCCGAAUUUGGCAUAUAAUCUUCAGCCAACAAUCAUUAAAAAUGGAUAGCGUCUUAUAAAAAGUCGCACAAACGAGACAAAUUAUAUCCCGUUUUAAUUCCAUGUAAAGUCGAAUGCGUGUGAUAAGCAUGGUGUAAUUCAAUAUGUGAUGACGUAAUGUGUGAUGACGUAGGCGAUCACAUGAUAACGAACAGAAGUUAUUUUAUGUAUUAACAAACAAAAGCAAAACAAACGUCCAAGAAAGUACUACUAUAUGCACCGUUCUCUGCCGAUGAUGCACGCUUGUAGCAGUUCUAUUUAUUUCUCUAUAAAAUAAAUAAAGUACUACGGUUUCAUUUCUAAAACGUCAACUUGUUAUGGAACGUACUUAUUGAGCUUUAAAACGAUUAUAGGCAAAAAAGCUGCAAUUAGCACGGAUGUAUGACAGUAUGUCUAAAUAAUAAUAAAUAAAUGUCUAAAUAUUGUGAUCAAGCAAUUCUUGAUGUUUUUGACAGAGUAUUUACAAGGAAAACAAACAACUCGUUGGCAUGUUUAAAAAAAAUGCAAAAAUUCCGUUUUCUAUAUUACAAACUUCGAGACACUUUGCAAAUAAUAUCGCACUCAUUUAGUAAGCCUCCUGUUUUUUUAUGUCUCAUAUCAGAAUUCAAACUUAUUUGAUAGAAGAUAAAAACUAAUAUCAGGGAAGUUAUAUUCCUCUUUUGAAAAAAAAGUGUAGACUCACUUGUGUUUGCAUGUUAGAAUAAACGAAGAUAUUAAUGCGAUUACGUUUUUUUUUAUCUGAAUAUACUUUCUAUCACACUAAACUGACGAUACAAUUUUCGAGCAGUUUCUUUGACAGAAUGAUAACGAUGACCACUCAAUGUGGUUAAAACUCUACUACUUAACAAAUUAACUUAUAUUCUCCUUUAAGUCUCUGUUAAGUAUUACGUGGUAAUGAAAUACAUUACGUAAUAGCUGACAAACUAUGCUAACCAUAUUGAAUGGCAAUGACCCGGUUAUGAUAUAGUUAUGUUAGUAUCACUGUAAUUGCAAUGUACAUACAAAUUAUUUUUUAUGUGUUUGCUGACUGUUCAUAAAGUAUAAGAAACAUCAGAAGAUUUACAUUUGAGUCCCAGAAAAUGUGUAUGGAGUGUGGUUUCCCUUCUCACUAUAGAAUUGUAAAUAACAUAGAUGAUUAUCAACGGAGGGAAAACGACAAGUAUUUAACGAUCGUAGAUGGCGCUGCCAAGCUCUGGUAUUCAACUGUUUCUCAACCAAAAUAAUGUUAUGAUGGUUCGUCAAAACGAUUUUAUAUUCACCUUUUAAAUGUUGAACAAUUAAGGUGCACAAACGUAUCACCAAAGGGUUAUUUAUUUCCAUGUUAUCAUCAAGUUAUGUAAGUUAUGUGAUUAAAACUUACACCUACCGUAAAACAACCCAAACCAGUCAAUCGUUUAGUCAGAAAACAAUCGGAUUGAACAUUGCUUUCCUAAAGCUUAAUAAAAAAAAAACACGCGGUGCUUUACCAGUUUAGAAUCCGUUUAAAAUCCAUAUUUUUAAAGCCAUCGUCACGCCAUUGUCGAUCGUAUCUUUAUGUGAGAAUUUUGUUUGAUGAAGAAAGUCUGAAAUAAAUUGCAUGAUCUGAGUAAAAUUAAA